GAGCACAGGAUGCUGCUGCUGCUGCUGCUCACAGGAGGAGCGGGCAGGAGAGGAGGGACAGAGGAGGAAGAGGAGCAGGGAAGGAGCACAAAGAGAAUCAGCAGAAGCAGCUGCCAUACGCGUCCAUCGCUUUCUGUGUUCACAACCCUUUACUCCAGGAGCAUCCAGCCCUCGCAUCCCGCAGGCAUUCACUCACUCACUCCAGGUGUGGGCCACCACCCCCACAGCUACUCCAAGGCCAGGCCACUUACAUCUCAGGUGUCCAGCUGGACAUGAUCACCUCAGGAACAGCUUGUUUUCCUCCCUGGAUUUCCCAUUCCCCAACUUUGGCCAGAUGGAAAAGAAGGCUGCGAGGAAGAGGAAGAUGCCCCAGGACACCCAAGCAGACAACAAGCUGAGGAUGGAGACCAGGGAGGACAAAUCCCCACAGCAGAACCUCAUGGAAGACGCCAUUUUGAGCAGCUCCACAGCACAGAAAUCCAACGGGGAGGAAAAGCCCCAGAGAUCCCACACUAGGAGGUGCUCCAAACCCAGCCCAGCRUGCUCUGAGGAGGAAACGCCCACCCUGUGUGGGGAAGGCAGAAAGAGCUUCAGUGCAGGCUCAGAGCUGGUGGUCCAUGAGCAGCCUCAAACCAGGGAGAAGCCCUACAAGUGUGGGGAAUGUGGGAAGAGCUUCAGCCAGAGCUCCCACCUGAUCCGCCACCAGAUGAUCCACACUGGGGAGAGGCCCUAUGAGUGUCCUGAGUGUGGGAAGAGGUUUCAGACCAGGUCCAAUCUCCUGCUGCAUCAGCGGAUUCACACAGAGGAGAGGCCCUUCCACUGCCCUGACUGCGGGAAGAACUUCAAGCACAAUUCCCAGCUUGUCACCCACCGACGGAUCCACACUGGGGAAAGGCCCUAUGAGUGUGGGGAAUGUGGGAAGGACUUCAGCCAUAUCUCUGAGCUCAUCAUCCACCAGCGCAUCCACACUGGGGAGAGGCCCUAUGAGUGUCCUGAGUGCGGGAAGAGGUUUACAAAGAGCUCAAAUCUCCUCCUGCAUCAGCGGAUUCAUACAGAGGAGAGGCCCUUCCGCUGCCCUGAUUGCGGGGAGGGCUUCAAGUACAAUUCCACCCUCGUCAGGCACCGGCGCAUCCACACCGGGGAGAGGCCCUACAAGUGUCCCCAGUGUGGGGAGAGCUUCACUCGGACUUCUAACUUGACCAAACACCAGUGGAGGCACCAGUAAGGGAAGCUGUGUGAUCCACGUAGGUAAGACACCUGACUGAGGGUCCUUUUAUUUUGGCCCUAAUUUUCUUUUUGAUUCAUUCUCAUCCCUUAUAAACACCCAAAAUAAGGCUAAAAGUAAAGAAAUUAAUAAAAUAUGUUAAAGGCCCCAUCAUUUUGCAGGUAUUUCAGGGGGAAUUUAGUGAUUGGGGACUUAUUCAGAAAUAUUUGUGGGUUCUGGGAGAAAUCUGGGUGGUGUUCUCCAUCUCUUCACACUCCAGAAGUCAAGAGGGAUCAAUCUCUCACCUCAAAAUUACUCAAUCCCACCUCAAAAUGGCUCAACCCUGCCACAAAUUGGCUUGUUACUACCUCCCAAACUUCAGUCCCUCCCCAAAAUUACACAAAUUCAGAGCCUGCAGGGAAGGAUGGGGUUGGAAGGGAAUGGGAAAAUUUGGAGGUGUAGGAUUGGGAUUGUGUGGGGCAAGGUGGGUGGGAUGUAUUCUGAUAGCAAAUAAAACUUUCAGCAUUAUUGAUUUCUGUCCCGUUGAUUUUCAGUCAGCUUCAGUUUGGUUUGCAGAGUGCCACCUUCUCCGCUGAUUAUAUUUGGAUCCUCCUUUCUCUUCUUUCUUUGCCUGCUCUCUUUCUUUCCUAGUGUCUCUCUUUACCCAGAGCUGCUCCCAGCCAAAGACCCUCACCUGACGUUGUUCCAAAUCCAUGAGCUAAAACAACCAUGAAUGAAGUUAUGAAGGCUGGCAGUGAAAUGCCCUUUUAAGAUUUUGCUCCACUUGGCUUUCAGCCCCUUCUUAAGAGCUUUGCCUUUGAAGGCAAGAACAUAUUUUCCUUAUUGAAACCUGGAAUUCCAAACCCUUGGAGUGGGUGCCGUGGAUCCCAGAGGGCAAUUCUCAAGGCUCCCAAGGUG